CCUUGAGGAAUGAGGAUUCCUUGUUCCUUAUUCUACAUUUCAUAAACCUUCCUUGACCGAACAAGGAGUCUUAUUGGCUCCCUUAUCUCAAGGCAGGUCACGAGCUUCCUUGAGGCGGCGACUGCAACCUUAUUAUCAGAAGAUUCGAUAAUAUAACCUACAAAAGUGUCUGCAUUUUACGGAGUACUGUCAUUACGGAGUGCUACAGUAUAUAUUGCAAUUAAAAUGGAUAAUGAAUUUUUAAACGAUUCAGAUUCAGAUGAUGGAUUUGAAGAUGAAAAUGUGGAAAAUGAUAUUCGGUGGCGUUUGCCAAAAAGAUAUAUUCGUGAGUGGGAAAAUCCUAUUGAGUUUUACGAAGAUGGGCCUUUCAAAAAACGCUAUAGAUUCAGUAAAAAAGCUGUAAUUGAUAUUCUGUUACCACUAGUAAACGAACAGCUACAGCGAAAUGAUAACCGCGGGCUGCCGAUUUCUCCAAUAAUGCAACUUUUAAUAACUUUGCGAUUUUAUGCAACAAGUAGCUUUCAAAUUGUUAACGGAGAUAUUAGAGGAGUCAGUCAAGCAUCGGUAUCAUGUAUUGUUGCACGAGUAUCAACAAUUUUAGCAUCUCAUUUAAAACAGUACAUAAACUUUUCAACACAACAGCGGCAAAGGCAAAAUACUAAUAGAUUUUAUGAGGUAGCGAAUUUUCCACGUAUAAUAGGAUGUAUCGAUUGCACUCAUAUACGUAUUGCCAAUCCUGGAGGAAAUAAUGGGGAAAUAUUUCGGAAUCGAAAAGGAUGGUUUUCGUUGAAUGUGCAAGUUGUAUGUGGGCCUCAAAGAGAAAUUUUAGAUAUUGUUGUGAGACAUCCUGGUUCAGCUCACGAUGCUGUAAUUUUUGAUCGAAGUAGUGUUCGAUGUCGUUUCGAAUUGGGAUAUCUCGACGGAAUUUUACUUGGAGAUAGUGGAUACGCAUGUCGAAAAUAUUUACUGACUCCUGUAUUGAGGCCUGAUAACAAUGCAGAAAUUAGGUAUAACAAUGCACAUAAGAAGACCAGAGUUAUCAUCGAACAACUAUUCGGAGUUUGGAAGCGCCGCUUUCCAUGCUUAUAUUAUGGUUUAAGAACAAAACUAAGUACAUCGGUUGCAAUUAUUUGUGCUACUGCUGUUUUGCAUAAUAUAUGUAUUUACCAUGGAUUCGAGGAAAUUGAACAAGAACAUAAUGAACAAGAACAGAAUGAAGUAUUCGAGGCUGUUUUCAAUCGAGAAGAAGAUGGCAUUGGACUUACAUAUAGAAGAGCUUUUAUACUAAGGCAUUUUUCGUAGAAUAUAUGUGUGUUAUUUUGAAAAUGUAA